UGCAUGGCCUGGCAAUGCACGCCAGAAAGGGAAAUAACUGUGAUGAGACGUGCAGCUCCUUCUGAAGUGCUCCUGAUAAGGACGGAGCGCAUUUGCUGCAGCUUUCUUUGCAGAUGUGCUCCUCACCUUGAAAUCCUCCUGGUUUGUCCUCAUCUCCUGACCACGGCCUGUGCUCUGUUUUGCAGGCUGAUAACAUGCGGGAGCCGCAGCUGGUGCGUGCUAUGUCAUCUUUAAACGUACCAGCGAUUGCGGCAGCCCAUGUUAUUAGGAGCCACGUCGCCCAGGGGCCGGAUGAGCUCUCUCUGGAGGUUGGAGACAUCGUGUGCAUUGUUGAUAUGCCACCAAAGGAGAUGAGCCCCUUUUGGAGAGGCAAGCGUGGCUUUGAGGUUGGUUUUUUCCCUGGUGAGUGCGUGGAACUCAUCAGGGGAAAACUGCCCGAGUCCAUCCUACAUUCAUUGCCAAAGCCAGAGCCAAAGAAACGGGGCAAGUUCAUCUCCUGCCUUCGUUCCCUGUUGAAGGCCUGCCCCAGGAGAGCGAAGCAGCCUGAGCCUCCAACAUUCUCGGGAUCCAUGUCCCUGCUUGACAUCGUUGAGAGAAUGAGUUCUCCCAGUAAGAGGGCAGAGUCAGCAGCUUGCAGUUGGCGUUCCUGCUUCUGCCUGGGCAAACCAUCCCCUGUGGCCAAACGCCAACUGCAGAGCAGUGCCAGGGAGCCCUCUGAAGCUGAAGUCUUGGUCCUGGCAGGUGACCCGAGCCCUUGUAUAUCUCCAAGACGCCAGGCAUGUUACGAUGCAGCAUCCUGUGAUUCCAUCAAUGAAGAACUGUUACUAAGCACAGGAUGCUGCAGUUCAAGUGACAGACUUUCAAACGACAGCAACGACGAAGAGAAGAAUGUCAUCCUUGUUGAAGCCCUCAUUCAUCCCAUCCCUGCUGAAUCUGCUGACCUGAGCCUGCCAGACACCUCAGGCACCAGCCUGGAUUGUGACCCAGUGCCUUUACAGGAUAGGCCAGCCCAUGUACAGCCCGAGUGCCCCGAAAGUGACACAACCAUGCAGGCUCAGGUCAGCAUUACAGAGGAGAAGCCAAACAUCUUGGAGGGGGAGGUAGAAUCAGGCCAAGAGUCCCAGGCUCCGGGCAACAGCACGACUUCUGAGACACUCUCGUCAGACAACAGAGAAUGAGUCCCAUCUUUCCUCCAGACCUCACACCCCCUCCUUUUUCCUAUUGAAUAAAGGCACGCUCGUGCUCAAUCAA